AUGGCAACUUCAGCAGACGCGCUCAUCAUUGGUAGCGGCCCAGCAGGCCUUACCGCGGCUCUCACUCUGGCUCGUCAACAACAGAAUUCAAUCGUUUUCGAUGCUGGAACCUAUCGAAAUGACCCCGCAGACUAUAUGCAUUUAAUUCCUGGAUUUGAUCAUGUUAAACCCUCGGAAUAUCGAGAGAAAGCCAGGAACAAUAUUCUCUCGAACUAUGACCAUGUCCAGUUCAAGAAUAAAGCCGUUUCUAGCGUGCGAAAGGACGAGUCAGGAGGCUUCUCUCUGACCGAUGAGACUGGAAACAUGUGGAACGGAAAAAAGAUCAUUCUGUGCAACGGUGUCGAGGACGUCUUCCCCGAUAUCCCGGGCUAUGCUGAGUGCUGGGGCAAGGGAAUAUUCCACUGUCUUUUCUGUAAAGGCUACGAAGAGCGAGGAUGCACUUCCGCUGGUGUGCUUGCCAUUGGCGGACUUUCCAAGCCCCCCUCGGCCCUGCACGUCGCCCGACAGGUAUCAACACUUAGUCAAAGCGUGACAAUCUACACAAACGGCUCUGAGGAUCUCGCUAAAGCAGUGAGCGAAGGAUUUGGGACCUCAACUGUCAUGAAGGUCGAUUCUCGCAAAAUCAAGAGCCUGUCCAAACAAGACGAGAAGGCGAGUAUACUUCUCGAGUUUGAAGAUGGAAGUAGCGUGACGGAGGGAUUCCUUGCGCACACUCCCGAUACAAAACCCCGCGGUUCUUUCGCAGAGCAACUUGGCCUGGAGCUGACACCUAGCGGUGAUAUCAAAAUAGCCCCUCCCUUCUACCAAACCACCGUCAAGGGUGUAUUUGCGGCAGGUGACAACUGUGGACUGAUGAAAAAUGUUCCCCAUGCCAUCUUUUCGGGCUCCCUGGCUGGGAUGGGAGUCUCCACAGCGAUUGCGGCGGAGGCUCAGGGACAGAAACCGCUGUUUGGUUAA